AGUGUCUUGUUAACAAUGGUGGAUGUUCACAACUUUGUGUAAACACAUUCUUCUCUUACUAUUGUGACUGCAUACCAGGAUACCAAAUUGAAACAAUAAAUGAAGGCAAUUGUGUCGCUGACACACAAUUCUGCAGCAAAGUGUAUAGAGCUCGCGGAUUUGUUGAUGAGUGUUUCUGUCAAUCACAACUUUCGGAUGACGUGAUACCAUUAAAUGGAACCAGUUGUACAAACUUUGAUGAAUGCUUGUAUCAAAAUGGCCGCUGUCAGCAUUUCUGUAAUGACACAGUAGGCAGUUAUGUAUGUUCAUGCAGGGUUGGUUUCGAACUCUCAGAAGAUGAACAUGAAUGUGUAGACAUUGAUGAAUGCGCCCGCAACCCAGAUAACUGCGGGGCGGAUGAAACCUGCGUCAACACAAAUGGCAGUCAUGCAUGCAUAGCACAAACAUUUGGCUGCCCAACAAGGUUUUGAAGGUGCUGCAUGAGUACUACGUUACCAAGGUCUACUUCUGUUCAACUGAGCACUUUCGAUUGCGAAUCAACAGUAAGUGGAGUUGUAGCCUUGGUCGUCAUCAUGGUCAUAGCAUUUGCAUUCAGCUAAGUUCACACCAACAGCGUUUUGAUGGCGCUUUGAAGCGGCGUGC